AUGGCACUGGACGUCCUCCUGGGUCGUAAUCUAGGAGCGAAUAUUCUGUCGGUUGGAGCGUUGGCCGAAAAGGGGGUUAAGUGCGAUUUGAUGUCUAUCCCUCCGGCGCUCCGACGCGGCGACCAGGCCUUUCCGAUAUCAAUCGCUGUGCCUCGCAUGUACGUGAUAAACGUCAUCAUUGACGAUCUCAACAUGGACGAUGUAGAAGUGUAUCGCACCAAGGUCGACGCUCACCUGUGGCACCGGAGGAUGGGCCACUGCAAUCCGCGUGCACUGCAGCAGCUGGCGGAAAUGGAUACCGCUGGAGUACAGUUCCAUCACAACAUCGAGUCAGGUGACUGCAGCGUAUGCGCGGUCGGGGAUAGCAAGAAGGGCAGUCACCCUCCAUCUGAUCACCCCCACUCUGAAACCCGGCUAGAGAUUAUGUGCGCCGACGUGUGGGGGAAGCACCCCAUCAAGUCGUUUGGGGGCUGCCAGAGUACCGUGAUGUUCACUGACGUGUUUUCUCGCAUGAGGUUCGGCUUCCCAAUCACGACAAAAGACGAAACGGCGGAGUCUCUCCACAAAUUUGUCCGGGAGGUAGCCGACCCGAUCGGGCAAAGCAUCGGCACAAUGCACUGCGAUGGUGCAGGAGAAUUCCAGGACAGAUUCCUGGAGCUGUGCAAGUCCCUCGGAAUUACGGUCAAAACUAGCGCUCCAUACACUCCACAGCAGAACUCCAUCGCAGAACGUGGAUUUGGCAACAUCAUCGGAACUACUCGCAAACUAAUGCUGGGCGCACCGCACCUUCCCAGCGAGCUGUGGGCUGAAGCAUUCCAGACCGCCAUCUAUCUCAAGAAUCGCACACCAACUGAAGUCCUGGGCGGCAAAUCCCCACUCGAGGUAUGGGAGGGUACGCGGCUAGGUAAUCUGCUGCACAUUCACGAAUGGGGUUCGAUGGCCUUCAAACACAAGGAAGCGCGUUUCCGUCCCAACAAGCUUGCGGCCAGGGCCAAGACGAUGUAUCUGGAAGGCUUUAAUACCAAGGGUAGGUCGUACAGACUGUGGGAUCCUGCGGAGNACGACGAUAGCGAUGAAGAAGAAGACCAAAGUACUGCAGAGUCGACACCAUCUGUUCCAGAACCACGACGGAGCGCCAGGGCAUCUGCACCGCCGCAAAGGUUGAAUCUAUUUACGGUGACCUCGGAGGAGGAUGCUUAUCAGCAGGUGGAACAAGCUCUUCUGACAGGGGGUGUACUCGGAAACGUCGGGACGGGCAACCCUGGAGAAAUAGGUUACAGGCCUCCCGACCCGACCAACUACGACGACGCAACACGUGGACUAGAUGCUGACCACUGGAGGGAGAGUAUGCUCGAAGAAAAUCGUUCGCUCACGGAACUCGACAGAUACGAUUGGACGGAGAACUAG